AUGAUCAUCAGGCUCAACAAGGCGCUUCUCAAUCGUCAUUCACAACAGAAUGAACAAAAGGAUGGAAACAUCAAAGCCAUAAGCCAGAAAAUUCUUGAUGCCAAAUCUGAAGAUGUUGCAAAAGUAAUCAAGCAAAUAAUUGGUGAGCAAGAAUCUCGGGAAGCAUUGUCAGUUGCAUGUAACAAGGUUGAUCUAACUCAAUGGAUUGACGUGUUGAACAAGUUUGAUGAAAUUCUCGAGAAAAUAAUUGCAAAAAGUGCCAUAUUAUUGUUCGGAGACAAGAGUAAAAAGCAUCCCAAGCAAACACCAACAAAGGACAUAAAAACCUCUCAAAAGACUCCGAACGUGGAUUUGAUUAUUUCUAUUUUGGAAUUCACCAACAUCAUUCUCUCUCAGUGUAAAGUUGGUAUUAUUUCCUAUCAUUCGUUAGAUCGGAUAGCUUCUCUGCUCAACUCUGAGAAUUUAGAUAUUAUUUACUUGUCUCUUAAAAUUGUCCAUACACACUUCAAGAAGCGAAGUGCCCUUAGUGAUAGAGAAUUUCUUUCUAUGGAACUGGCAAGGAAGCUCACAAUUUUCACCAAAGGCUAUGGAGAAAACACUGUUCAAUAUUGUUAUGAGGAAAAUCUACCAAGUGAUGUGAUGCAGGCAGGAACAACCCUUAACUUUAGUAUUUUUCAAGAAUAUUUAGAACAAGGUAAACAACAUCAAUCGGCAGAUUUUGUUGAACAGAUAACAAUAAUGGAUGUGAAAAAAACCGCUCCAGAUGCAUUGAGUCUGUUCAAUGAUCUCAUGAAGAAAGAGGGUUCCAGUGCAGGUAAAUUAUUACCACCAAGAAAGUUCGAAUUGUGGACAAAUAUUCGUUUGGCGUAUGCAUUCUACAAUUCGGAAACAAGAAAAAAGGCUCUAGUAUGCCGUUUGAUGGCUCUUGCGGUCACAGUAGACAUUUCUGAGAAGAACAUGGAUAUCGUUAAAGAACUGACAACAUGCUUUGAAAAGGAUGAAUCUGGCGUUUUGAAGCUACCAAAAGAAAUUGCCAUUGCCUCGUAUGAUCUUUUUUCUGCGUUUUUGAUUCUACACAAGUCUAAAUAUCAAGCAUUGACCAUUCAAUCAUUAAUCACCCAUGGAUCAUCUACAUACAAUGGCCUUGUUCAAAGAUUGUUGGGUAAAAUUACAAAGAAGUUUCUUCAUGACUCUGAGCAACACCAAGAAGACAUUCUUGAUGACAGAACCUAUUUAACCGCUGCUCUUGAUUUGCUAGUAACAUUAGCAAGAUUGCCUGUUGGAACCCAAGCCCUUCACGAAACUGGUUUGACUUCUGAUAUCAUUAACUUGCUUCAAGCCAAGUCUGACUUUGUAGUCAUGAAAGCAAUAUGUAUGGUAGAACUGUUUACUGAUCCAAAGCAAAGGUUCUCAUCAUUACCAAUUAUUCUGACCGAUACACUCAAGGUAUUCUCCGAUCUAAUUGCGAUUGCUGUACCAAAAAUAAGAGAAGUAGAAGAGAAGCAUCCUGAACGAAAGCCAAUUGAUGUUUCUAAUUUUGCAAUUUAUGAACUCCUAAACGUUUUCCAAGUUCCAACACUUUCUGCAUGUUUACGAAUUUUCGACAUCCUUUGCUCUCAUCACAAUGACUUGAACAUUUCUGAACUAUUUGAGGCACAACACAUUACUGAGCUGAAUCAAAUUUUGGAGAAUCAUCUAUGGUUUGGUCCUUCUGUGCUGUAUAACGUAAUUUCUUUACUUACUAGACUCGCUAGUAGAGAACCAACUCAAAUUCCAGCUAUUAGAAACAGCGGAGCAGUUGAAAAGGCUUUACUCUUGAUAAAGAAUGAAGUUGCUCCCUACUCGAAGCUUCUCAUUGCUGUUGUUCCGUUCCUUUCAGAGAUUUGUUUAAAUACUGAAUGCUUAGAAAUAAUUGAGAAAGAGAAUAUUAUUCCUCAAUUCCUUCAGCUAUUCUCGAAAGAAAAGUAUGGAAGCAUUCUUUCUAAGGAAUAUUCAGCUACUAUUGGAAAAGGUCUUCUUGAUUUUAUCAAGUCGUAUACAUCUACUCGCGAAUGUAACAUUAACGCCAUUGUCUCUGUCGGAAAAUCUUUGCUUUCCAACAUUGAAGACGAGAAAGUCGGUGAGAUUGAACAAUUGACAGAUGCAGGAACGAACUUGAUUAGUCUAGGAAUCAACUUUUUGGCAUUUGUAGCCCAGGUCCUGACAGACAAAGAAAACACAACUCUAUUCUUAGAAAAAGGAGGCCUACCAGUUCUUACAAACAUUUUAGACCGAACUCUAAUCCCACACCCAGAAAAAGCUAUUGAUUUCUCAAGAAUAUCCACUCCCUUCCAAGUGAUAGCAAAAUCCAAAAAUUCUCAAGUUCUCGAUACAUUUACAGAUCUUCUUAUUCAGAAAUUGCAAAUACUCAAAGAUGACGUGAAAAUCGAAGAAUUUUCUCAUUUGAGAGCAGUGUUUUGUAUUUCCAAGAUUUUACCUAUUAUGAUCAACGUAUUUAAAGAUCCAGAUGAGCUGUUCCUUAACACUUGGAACACUAAAGGUAAAGAAAUUCUUGUUCCAUUGGCAAAGAUAGAAGCAAAGCUUAGAAAUUACUUUACUUCACAACGAACUCAAAGAAUUUCAGAUCGACUUGUUGUUCAAAAGAAAUUAUCAGCCAAGAGUGAUGAUAAGUCAGCAGAAUCUGUUAGCAGUGAAGCAAAAACUCCUAUGAUUGAGGAAAGUUCCGAAGAUGCUAAAGCUCGUGCCCAUAGAACCUUUAUUACCUCAACUAUAUCCAAUUAUUUAAAGCUCGUUACUACCUUGCACGAAACAAUGCAAACAGCCAUUUUCGACAUUGUGAAAAGUCCCUCUGUCAUUGCUGUAACUGAAGCAAAAAAGCUUGCUUCGAUAUUAACCACCAAUUUUGGAGUAGCACUUGAAGAAUUUGGAACAUUUAAUGGAACAUGGCAAGACAGGACUACGUUAUUGCAAAGUAUUUUUGAAAAUAUCUCAGCUAUCAUGAUCAAAGAGAGAUAUAGAAACUUGAACAGUCUCAUUCUUAGCUCAUUAGUUGAAACCAAAACAUUGGGUAUCAUGCUAGACCAUUACUCCAACAUGGUACAGCUUGCUCUUGAUCAAAAUAUUUCAUAUGACCAAGCUCCAUCUGUGAACGAUUUAAUCAAAACUAUUGAGUAUACACUAAGUGAUGAAUUUAUUUCUCAAAGUUUUUUGACUAACACAACAAAGUUCUUGUUGAGAAUAACCUCACAUUCAUACAUUUCCACAUCCCCUAUCACUCGAGGUGUAUGUGCAGCCACCUCAUUUGACAUAUCCGACCUACUCAAAAAGACUCAACAGAAUGUAGCGACUUGUAUUCUAAAGUUUUGGAAACACUCUAACAUUGACAAAUCUCCCAGCACAUUCCUCAAAGGUAUGAUUAAUGUCAUUGGUCAAAUCAUCAAAGGAGUUGAAUCUUCUAAAACCCCUACUACCACUGCCAAAGAAAAAGCUGAGAGUGUGACAGAAAAUGAGUCUUUGGUACAACAACUCGUGGAAAUGGGCUUUCCAGAAAAACAAUGCCGUGUAGCCCUUAGAAAAGCCAACAAUGAGCUCAUGGUAGCCAUGGAAUGGAUAUUCAAUAAUCCUCAAGAAGUAUCUGAGCAAGAAGAAGAAUUGGAAGAAGAAGAUGAAAUUAGUAAGGCCAUCAAAUUGUCAAUGCUCGAAUCUGGAAUGGAAGAUGAAGAGCCAGCGAAGGAUUCAGUUGUCACCUUGGAGGAGGAGUCAAGUAACUGGCUGCUUUCAAAGCUAUUUAUUCCAGACAUUGGUUUUGCAUGUGUUGAUGUUCUGAGCCUUUGCAUUCAAAAGAAUGAAGCGCUCAAAGACACUUUUGUCAAUCUUUUAAUGGAGAAACUAAAUUCAGACAUUACAGAAGAAAAAUCAAAGCCCAGUACUCUUGGCGUCAUGAGAUCAUCUUUGGAGUACAGUGAAGAUUUUAAAAACUUGAUAUUGUCGAAAAAGAAUGAGUUCAUGGGACUUCUGCUUAAAAUUGGAGAAGUACAGCUCAAGCUUGAUCCAAAAGAGCCUCAAGUUAAGGAAACUCUGAUAUCCUUAUUUACUCUUUUUAUUGCAAUAACGCAACAGAAAAAGCUAAAUGAUAUUUUCUCGACCAAAAAAGAGAAGAUCACAACAGAGAGUCUUGUUCAACAAUUACAAGUUUUUAGCCUUGUUGAAGAAGAGUACAACAAGUUGUUGGAUAUUUGUUUAGCUGUCUUUGAGAAAGAAGAAUAUCAUUCUGUAGCAAUAUUAGGACCUGUUAUGAACGUGCUUUCAAACUUAUCAAGCAAGAGUAGAGACGUUGCAACAAGAUUACUGAAGCUGAAUAUUGUUGAGAAAAUUUGCUCGCUCAAAGUUUCGAAUGAUGCAGGUGCUUCCAAAGGUUUCAAAAUUGCUGAUUAUACUGUCGACAUACUCGAAAACAUUAUUUGCAACGAUGAAGGAAAUCUCAGAAUGGCAUUCAAAUAUAAGCUCAAAUCCAAGUUUAACAUGCUUUCAUCGUUGAGAACAGUAACAGUCCAAUCAUUUUUGACAGAGGUAUCUUCAUUAAUUGAGAAAAAUCCUGCCAUAUUUUUCGAGGUUGUAAAAGAAAAUUUCAAAAUUCGUUCAGGAUCUAGAAAUAUUGAGCUCAAAGAGCCACCAAAGGAAAAAGAAGCGCAAGAUGAAUCAAGUGUGAAUGAAGAAAAGAAGAAGGAAGAACAACAAACUACGCCUGUAGCCUCGUCGUCAUCUAGCACACUAAUCAGAGAUGAGAGCACUCCCAAUGCUAUUAUGGCACUGCUACUGAACCAAUUGAUAAAUUCAGAAGACGAUCGCAAAUAUUCUGCAUCCACUACCCCCAUCCCUGUGCCUGCUUUAACUAGAGGUGAAUUGGUUUCAAUCUUUACUCAAAUAAUGGCCACCUAUGAUUGCUUUGACACAGUUCUACAAUUUGAGCAUGAAAAACUUUACUCGUCCAUGAACGGAGAGAACAAGUUCCUGUAUUUUGCUUUCACCAAUUUACUUCCAUCUACAGUACAAGCCAAUAAUUUAAUAACUGAAAUUUGUGCCAAGAAACCACACGUUGUGUUCCUCGAAAUGGUCAAUGUGCUGAAUUCAAUCUCGGAAAUGGAUUUCCCUGUAUUGAAAGGGGUUUGUGAUUUUUUAAGCCGACUUGUCAAGACUCAAACAUCACAACUGGCCAACAUUGCUUUGCUUCUCGAGAAGUAUGACGUUCUCAGCAUAUUGUCUCAUUGCUCCAACAAAUUAUCCUUGGACCAUCCAUCAGCAUCUUCUACUGUAAAUUAUUUGUUAACCACAAUCGAUAUUUGUCUUAAGGCAACUGGAUCUUCAAAGAGAAAAGAUGUGGAGACAACUCAAAUCAACUCCCUUGAAUUGACACAAGUUCGAACUUUGAAUGAAGAAAGAGCAAGUAGGUAUAUGGUUCCAGGGGAAGCCUUCACAUCAAGAUUGAGACGAUAUGACGAUGAUGACCGCGAUGAUGACUAA